GUGAUCAACUAUCCCCAAGUCGCAGCAUCCACUCUUUUCUUGACGUUUCCAAAUUAUAUUCUCCAUCUUUUUUUUUGGUUGGUUGGUUGUUAGUUUGCGCUUCUUUUUUCCACUUUUUCCCGUGGUUCACUACUCAUCACUCAUUCAUCUUCACCCCAUAUUCAUAUGAUUCCACUCCCCCAACUCUUAAUCAAAACAAAUUCAUAAACUAUACAAUUUAAAAACUGAAAUUUACUGAGUUUAAAUCCAAAUUAUCACUCUUUUUUUUUCUGGGUUUUUUUCUAAAAGACAUUUUUGAUGUUGAUUUGACUUAUGAUCAUCAUGGAAUUCAUAUCCCCAAGUUGUACAACAAAUUCAUCUCCUUCUCUCUCAAUUUCAAAUUCUUCACCCCUUUUCUCUUCUUCACCAAAAUCAUAUCUUUUUAAGUCUCAAUUUAAUAAUAGCCAGUUCAUAUCACUUAGAAACCCAUCAAAAUUAUUAAGUGUAAGAGCAAAUGCAUUGCAACUUAGCAAAAGUGAUAAUGGUAGAAACAGUGCUUUGGAACAGCUUGAUAUUGAGCGUGGUGUUUGUGUGCCGUUUCGGAAGUAUACACCUGAGGGGGUGAGGAGUAAGGUGUUGGAAUCCAGAGGCGCAAUUUUGUCUUUGAUUGAACGGGGUGUUGAGAUCGUGUGGAACUUGGGGUUAUAUUGGGCUACACUUUCAUAUGAUUGUUUAGUUGGUCAAGAUGAAGAAGUUGUGCCAUAUCGAGCAAGGCAACUCAGAAAUCUGUUAUGUGAUUUGGGACCGUCCUUCAUCAAAGCUGGGCAGGUUCUUGCUAGCAGACCUGAUAUAAUCAGAGAAGAUUACAUGAAUGAACUCUGCAUUUUGCAAGAUGAUGUCCCACCAUUUCCUGAUCAGGUUGCCUUCAAGAUCAUAGAAGAGGACCUAGGACAGCCCCUUGAGGCCAUAUUCAGCAAGAUUUCAUCACGGACAAUAGCGGCUGCAAGUUUGGGUCAAGUUUAUCGAGCCACCCUUCGUGCCACUGGAGAAGACGUUGCUAUCAAGGUACAAAGGCCUAACAUAGAGCCGAUCAUCUAUCGAGACCUUUUUCUCUUCCGUACUCUUGCGUCAUUUUUGAAUGGAAUCAGUAUACAGAAACUAGGCUGCAAUGCGGAACUUAUUGUCGAUGAAUUUGGUGAGAAGCUUUUGGAGGAGCUCGAUUACAAUUUGGAAGCUCGUAACAUUGAAGAUUUUUUGGAGAACUUUAAAGAUGAUCCUACUGUCAAAAUUCCUAACGUAUACAAGCAGUAUUGUGGAUCACGCGUUCUAGUGAUGGAAUGGAUUGAUGGAAUUCGAUGUACUGAUCCUCAGGCUAUCAGGGAAUCAGGCAUUGAUAUGGGUGGAUUUUUGACUGUUGGAGUUAGUGCUGCUUUGAGGCAGUUGUUGGAGUUUGGGUUGUUCCAUGGAGAUCCUCAUCCUGGAAACAUUUUUGUUAUGCGUGAUGGCCGCAUUGCAUAUGUAGACUUCGGAAAUGUUGCGGUGUUGAGCCAGCAAAAUAAACAGAUCUUGAUAGAUGCUGUUGUCCAUGCUGUGAAUGAGGAUUAUGCUGAAAUGGCAAAUGAUUUCACCAGGCUUGGUUUCCUGGCAAAGGGGACUGAUGUAUCUCCAAUUGUUCCUGCAUUAGAAGCAAUAUGGCAGAAUUCUCUUGGGAAAGGGCUAUCAGAAUUCAACUUUAGAAGUGUCACCGGUAAAUUCAAUCAGCUUGUUUACAAUUAUCCAAUCCGUAUUCCAGAAAGAUUUUCGCUUGUCAUCCGAUCUCUAUUGACGCAAGAAGGCAUUUGCUUAUCUCUGAAGCCUGAUUUCAAAUUCCUGGAGGUAGCUUACCCGUAUGUGGCAAAGCGUCUUCUUACAGAUCCAAAUCCUGCUCUUCGUGAACGUCUCAUCCAGGUGCUUUUUAAAGACGGGGUUUUUCAGUGGAAAAGGUUGGAAAAUCUGAUUGUGCUGGCGAAGGAGAACGUUUCAAGGAUGAGCAAUACUCCAGCAUUGCAACUUAGAAACUCGCAAGGAAAUGGACAAGUAGCACGCAAGUUGGACCUUACAGACACCAUCAAGGAUGGAACACGACUGUUCCUGAUCGAUGAAGGGAUUCGUAGACAACUCGUUCUUGCUUUGACUGAAGACUCUAAGCUUCAUGUACAAGAGCUUAUGGAUGUGUACCGAUUGGUUGAGGAUCAAGUAGAUGUGCCCAAUGUCGCUGUGGAAGUUGCUCGAGACUUGCCAAAUAUGGCACGCGAUAUUUUGCUUUCUUGGAGCAAUUCGGUUUUGUAUGACUGAAGCUGGGAGUUCCAUGGUUGCUCAUAUUUCCAUAUUCUUCCUUGUAGAUGCUGGAUUUAAGGGGCAAAUUCUGACCCUUUCCCAUUUUGUAGAGCACAGAGGUUUUACCAUACUUAUAUGUUAACUAUAUUGUAUCUAAUGUAUAGGCUAAGGCAACCACAGUUUUGGUUUGUAUAUAGCAGCAGAUGGUUAGGUUCUCAUCAAUCCAUGAUAAGUUCAACACUACACCAUUUUUGUAUAUUGCAGGUGAUAAUAAUAUUAAUCAUAAGUUAUGUAUUCUUUUA